AAAAUACAAGAAAACAAAAGAAUCAGAAAAAAAUAAAUAAAUAAAUAGUAGAACGUGCGCACCACCAGCCUGGGGGGUAGCCUUCCGGAAGGACCCCAAGGGUCAACAGUACGUGCCAGUAAAAAAACAAAACAAAAACGAAAUAAACCAAAGACAGACGAGGACAUAAAAGAAACUCGCACAGAGACAGGGAUAUCCGUCGAGACAGUCUGAACGCGACAGCAAACGGGGGAGAGGGCAACAGAAAAACCUUGGUGUCCUUCAAUGGUCACAGCAGCAACGCACAACCUUCUCGUGUAUCCAUCAACGAAUUUUGUACAAUCUUGUUACCCCCACCAUUGCGCCGCCCGUCGAACAUACAGGCGUAAUGAUUCCUUCGUGGACAAGGUGUUCCUGUUCGCGACCACGGUCGGUACCGGGGACCCCUCCCCUACCCCGCCGCUGUCGCGCAUCCCGUCGGCCGAGGAUUACCCCCCCGUAUUACGACCGACCAUCAUCCCGCACCUGUGGCGCGUGGAGGAUGCGGCGACUGCUGCGGCCGAAGAGCAACAGCGGCCGCGCGAAAGCUGGCUGAAGAGCAUCGUCGCCACCAUCAUGGUGGCCGUUCGCUUCCUGGUUGGCCCCAACGGCCAGAGGGCGAGGCAGGGAUGCCGGGGCGACGACGACGACGACGACAACCACGCCCCCGCCCAACGCGCUACGUGGCGGGAGCGAGCCGCAGCUGCCGCUCGUAGGUUUCUGCGCUCAGCGAGAAACAAGAUCAAAAACGCCAAGGACCGCCUCCUCGCCAUGUUCGACAUCUCCGUCGCGAAGAGAACCGCUCGACUGUUGGACCUGGCGCGCAAGAUCAACGUGCAGGACAUGCCGCGCCGGGCGGGGUUCAGACGCCAAGGCAGCGAUGAGCUCUUUGAGGUCGAUCGUAGCCGCCUGGGAGUGAGCGAUGCCGUCGCCGCCGCUGUGAAGGAGAUUUGCACCAAGUUGGCGGCGGUAUUCCCUGUCAUCGGGUAUAACCAGGGCUUCGACGCCUCCUGUAAGGCGAUCUUCAUCUGUGUGGGCGGAAACCUGGGUGUGGCCGCCGCCGUUUUCACCAAGUGGGCCGUUCCCUUGGCCUGGAUGAUGAUGAACCCAUACAGGCACGGCCAGCUCGGCAUCAACACUGCCAUGCGAUACACCUGGUCGGUGAUCAAAAUGCACGCCGCUCCGGUGUCCGGAUGGCUGUGCCGCGACCCGAUCGUUGGCUGCGACGAGGACAACGAGAUGGCGGACACGAUUCUCGCACACAUCUUCAUGGAGCCGCUCUCGACCUUCUGCUCCAGGCUGGGCCUCCCCCAGUGUGUCAUCAACGACAUCGUCGAGGAGACGAUGCGGGCUGGCGUUCACGGCCCGGCGGUCACGAUAUUCGUUGUUAUGUCUCUUCUCUGCUUGGCGGAGAAGCAGGGGGCGGAGGACGCCGACGUGGUGGUGAUGGUGAAGGUCCCCCUGAUGGCCGCAGCAAGCAGCGUGAAGUCCUUCCAGGACAUCUUGGAGCACGCCCCGGUGUCGCUCGAGCACUUCUUGACUGGGUGCCGAGCCGCAAUGGUCGGAGUACCGGCGUGCAACGACUGCGUAGAGCCGCCGGCGGAUUGGACGGGAGAUGCAGGUGCAGGCGGAGUGAAGGUUUGCCGCGAUGAGGAGUUCGUCAAACCUCUGGACAUCCCACCCGCAAACGCGGAGGGUGGCGAAACGACACCAGGUGCAACAGCACACUACACUGGCUUCGAAUCUGUACGAUGCGAAGGCCGAAUACGUCUGAGUUCGCAGCUGAGAGUAUCGGAGGAGGUUGGCAGGAGGAUUCGCACUCGCACGUCGAGGUGGGCCCGCCACCAUCCCUUUCUCCGUAGCAGACUCCAGCCCGUCUCCUGGCGACGCAGCUGGAGGCGGUGGUGGUACGCCCGAGCCGGAGGGUGGAUCAGCAGCCAACAGAGUGGGCAGCGUGCCGGGGGCAAGGCGAAGCAGAAGCCUAACGACGAAGGUUCCACUCGUCUCUGUUGGACCCCUGCGGAGAAGGUCGUACUCUGAGAAGCGAUCCAGAAGCGCAACCCUUUCGCAGAGAGUGGGCAGAAGCUGGCGAGAACACAUUGGCGUAGGGUAGCCGCUUCCGUGAUCGAGGACCAGGACGUGGAGGUGUACACGAACGAAGGAGGCAGGGAGACCCCUCGUGUGUGGCACUCACGUUCUCCUUGUGGGUCGUACGGUAAGGGUUAGCAUCACUUUGAACCUUCUAGAAGUAUGAGGCAGUAGUCCCACGAAAACAUUUCCCACAUGACGUGCUCGCGUUUGGCGUAGAAGGUGUUUCGUCUAUGCCGGAACAAGGCGACACACUUUCCUUGUACGUUCACGUCUGCUGUGAGUUUCUGAAGACGGAGUGGAGAGGUUCCAGGCUCCCGCCACGUUCUGUACUGCUAAUUCUGGCGCAAGAUGAAAUACUGCUACACUAUGCAUAAGGGAGUCACGCCUAUCACCAUUGUAUGCAUAGCACUGACAUGGCCGCCAG